CAAUUCAAUCAUCACUUCCUGUGUUGGCACUCUGACAGUUUCCAUGACAGCCGCCGAGGGAAAAGUGUGACUAUAAAGGUGAGUUCCACACUUUUGUGAAGUGUAGAUUGUGCAGUGACACGUUUUCUUCUCAGUCUGCAGCAGCAGCAGUAGAAGAAGAAGAAGAAGAAGCUGCGUGUGUGUGUGUGUGUGUGUGCUCUCCAGUGGCCCGCUGCAGGAUGCUCCUGACUCACGCGGCGAUGGGCUGGACGGUGCUGAUGCUGACGCUCCUCCGCCUCUGUCGGCCGGUGAUGAGCGGUGCCGUGAAGGUGUUCCAGCCGUACAAAGCGUCGAGCAGCAACGGGACAGCUCGGGUCCGGUGCUUCCUCCACCCCCGGCCCGCCACCUUCCACCGGGGCCUCCCCCCCUCCUCCGACCGCAGCCCCACGUACCCGCACCCCGACCCCGAGCACGUGCGCGUGACUCUGCUCAGAGGUUUCCAUGGCGACCAGGAGGUCUGCUCGACCAUCCUCCACCUGCCCGAGCGCAGGGACACGGAGCUGGAGGAGGAGCAGGUAAAGUGCUCGGCGAGGGAGAGCGAGGGCGCCGUGGUGGUGACGGUGUCCGGACUGAGGGCCGAGGACACAGACGUGUACCGCUGUGAGAUCCAGAUCCUCUACCCGCCGCCGUACCUGCGGCUCAGGGGCAACGGCACGCUGGUCCACGUGUCGGGUCAGGACGACUGUGGCUGUCCUGCCAAGGGGCCCCAGAGAGAGGGGCCCCAGAGAGAGGGGCCCCAGCAAGAGGGGGCCCUCCGGGGGGACGAAGGCGAGGAGGGGAAGGAGCCGGUCAGCGCUGCUGUGGUGGUUCUGGUGGUUCUGGUCACGUUCGUCCUCGUCAUCAUCAUCUUCUUCCAGACUCUCCAGUGUGAACGAGUCCGGAGAGACGCGGUCACUCUCACGUCGGCCGGACGCUGCUGAUCCUUCGGUCCGUCGUGGAAUCACAAGCAUUGAACCACGUCGCUUAUGAAAUAUCACCUCUGUUAUGAUUGAGGUUCUUUUGUUUUACUUAAGCUACAGAAGAACAUUUGAUGUUUGUCUGUGUUUAAGUUAUUUGCAGUAAAAAAAUAAUGUUUACAUUGUUGUAAACUCAAAUCCUGUGAAGACUCGUGUUUCCUCAGUUAUGAAGUCUGGACGUGGACGGAGGACGACGCACUUUGGACAGAUUGUAAAGACCAAUGAGGAAAAUUGUGAUUUGAUUGACUGACUGAUUGGGAUGAAUUAAGUUUGUUCAACUUAAAGUUAACAAGUUCAGAAAUUAACAAGAUAAGACGAAUAAAAACCUUAAUUUGAAAAAACUUAAUGUUAGUUUUUAAAAGGUUUUUUUAAGUUGUUAAACAAUAAUUGUUUUCAUUGUACUUAACUGUAUAUUUUGUAUUUUGCUCAACUUAUAUUCCUGUUAGAUAUUUUCUUCAAGUAAAGUUCCUUAACUUUAAUUAGUCUUUUUUAUUUUGUAUAUAUUAUUGAUUCCACCUGAUGAGAAACGUGUUGUUGAGAAGAAGAAACGAGAAGGAGAGUAAAACUAGAGGAAGGAUCAUUGAAGUGGAGCAGAAACCAGGUCAGAACAGCAAAGAGAAAAGGACUGAAGCUCCUGCAACAACCACAACAGGAGAAAACUAGAAAGUCUCCUGCCAAGAAGAUAUGAAUCGUGUUUGUCAGAUAAUAAAAGUUGUUAUUUUCUAUGGA